AUGAAGCUAUCUUUUAUUUCUUUGCUUUUAUUUCUGCAAAGCAUUUUUGCUUUACAGAUUCCAGUUUACAAGUUGAUCAAAUAUGAGCAUCAAGGAGUGCUAUACGGAUCCCAAGUUUCUUCGUUAAAACUUGCCGGAGCCCAUUAUAAAAACGUUGAAGAAAUUCAGCGUAAAAUGGCACUCGUUCAUGCUUCAGACCUUCAUCUAACCCUUUUUCAUGUGAUUUUGGCUAACAAGCCAGGCGCUCUUUUGAUAAUUUUAGAAGAAAAUGAGCCAGAAAAAAUAAGAGACAUAGAGCUCUAUUUAGGAACUCAUCGAUUUUACUUCCCGAUUUUUUUCACAUUCCAAACCUUAGAAAUUAUGGAACUCUAUGAGCAGCUUUAUUGGCUGAAAGGAGAUGGAAUACAAUUUGUAUUAAAUUCAAAUGUGGAAGCAGAAGGAUUGAGAAAUGUCACAUUGGAAAAUUAUUAUGGGUUUCUAAAUGAUUAUGAUGAAGCUCUUCCUACAGUCGUUUUAGCGGCUCAUUAUGAUUCAUUUUCGAUUGUUCCUGAGUUAUCAUUUGGUAUGGAUUCAAAUGGAAGCGGUGUCAUUGCUUUGGGUGAGAUUGCUAAACUUUUGAAAAAAAAUCUGAUAAACUCGAAACCGAAAUAUAAUGUUCUAAUUCUAUUCAAUUCUGGCGGAAAUGAUAAUUUUAUUGGCCUUCAGCGUUGGCUGGACUCCAAAGCCCCUGACUUGAAGCAUGCAAUUAAUAAUAUUGCUUUUGCCUUAUGCCUUGACACUAUUGGCAAAUCAGAAGAAUUGACAUUCCACAUCACAAGAUUUCCGAGAAAAGAUGAAACUGAGCUCAUUAAUCUUUUUUCUGGGUUUAAUAGAACUGCUUCGAAGUAUCAAAUUUCUCUUAAUUAUUUCAAGAAAAAAGUUGAUUUAGUAGACAAUUACAUUCCAUGGGGACAUGAAACUUUUAUUAAGAAAAAAAUUGUAGCUGCCACUCUUUCGCACUUAGAGAGACCAGCGAAUUCUACGCUUGAAAAAAACUCAAUUUAUGAUAGAAAAUCUAAUAUAAAUCUGCAUAUUUUAGAAAAAAAUGUCAUGUUCAUUUAUGAAGCAUUAGUAAGGUUUUUAGAUGGAGAUCAUGAAAAUGCUCAGAUGAAGGUUCAGGCAAAACUAAGCAGCGAUGCAUUAGGCUGGCUUAAAAAAUUCAGCUCACACAGUCGGUUCCCAACGAAGAUUGUGUCAGGAUCUGAGUUUUUGAUCCUUUUUAGAGAUUAUGUAAGAGAAGCCCUUGGCAAUAAUAUGAAGCUUCAAAAGUUCCAUGGAUCCGAUGAUGUGUAUUUUGACACAAAAGUGGAGAUUCUAAACAGUUACAAGAUGAAAUCCAAAGUUCUUGAUUUAUAUAUCUUCUUGUACGUAGUAAUAUAUUUACUGCUUCUUUGGAUUUCUGUUAAAUAUGUUGGGAGCAUAAAGUUUAUUACGUCGAAAAAAUCAAGACAUAAGAAUUUCAAUCAUCAAUAUUAG